AUGACGUCAAUUACAACACUUCCUCUAACGACAACAUCAACAAAAACUACAACAGCACCAGAUAAGACACUGACAUCUACAACAACAACAUCAUUUACAAAUGCAUCAGCUACAACAACAACAACAACAUCAACAUAUACAUCCACAAUAACAUCCACAACAACAACAUCAAUAACAUUAAAAAGUAAUAGUAAUAAUAAUACUAAUCUACCAUGGGAUAGAUUCCACAAUUGGAUACAUUGCAUCUGCAUUGUGACCUUUGACCUUGAACUGGGGCAGGCCAUGGAGAUGAUUUAUCCAAGCCAUGCCAAGUUAACUGAAAAGGAGAAGCUAAGCAUCUGCUAUCUCUCCUUCCCUGAUUCAAACUCAGGUUGCACGGGGGACACAAAGUUUCACUUCAGAAUCCGCCGAUGCCCGACCUCCAAGCAAAACUUUAGCUACUUCCACCAGUUCAACAGGCACUGCCCUACUGCUCUUCAGGUAGAUUGCAAUUACCUGUAUGGCUAUGUGUACUUCAGGCAGAUGAAAGAUCGAACGAUCAGGCGUGGCUACUUCCAGAAGUCGGUUGUCAUCAUCUCGAGAUUCCAGUUCGUCAAUUUCUUCACAUGCCUCAACGACAUCUUGGCCCCGCAAUUUUUUGAUGUUGGCAUUCCCAGCCUGGAAGCUGCCUGCCACAACAUCGACCAAUGGUCGCCCCCGAAUCCAGGUCAAACUUUGAAUCUUCCAAUUGCCGGAUCCAUCAUUCAGACCAGAGUCCCUUGUAGGUCAGACAAACUCAUAAACACGACAACAUUGUCCAGCGUUGAGCCUCAGGUUAUAUUAAUUGAUUGUCCUAACGUCUUCAUACCCUCUGUAUAUGAGGUUGAUUCAUACAAUUGCUUCCUCCAGAUUCUGAGUCACGUUCAGUUACUCUGGGAGCUCGUGUUGAUCUGUGAACCCUUAGUGGUGAUGGCCGCUCAGCCUUCCACUAGCAGCACAGUAGUCCACGCUCUGAUCAGCCUGAUCUGGCCAGUGAGGUAUGCCUGCGAUUUCCGACCAUUUUUCACUAUACAUGACUCAGAGUUCAGAGAGUACACUAGCUCCAGCCAAAUACCUCCUAGCGUCAUUCUUGGCGUGACGAAUCCAUUUUUCGCGAAGACCCUGCAACACUGGCCCCACAUCAUCAGGGUGGGAGAUGCCAGUGAAGGUUGGUGGGGUGGUGGGUGGGUGGUUUGCUGGAAGGUCAAGAGUCACAAGUCUCUGGACGUGUAUCCCGGUCUAUACACGAGGUACGUACCAUUCCUAAAGAGGGAUAAGACAUUUUUGAAGAAACUGAUGAAGGGUUUGUCGGUGCUGUUUUCACCAUCAUCACUAUCACUACCAUCGUCAUCGUCAUUAUCAUCACCACCAUCAUCAUCAUCAUUGCCAUCAUCAUCACCACCACCAUCGUCACCUCCUUUGACAUCGUCAUCAUCACCAUCACCACCACCACCCACCGCCAUCAUCGUCAUCAUCUUCAUCACCAUCAUCUGCAUCAUCAUCAUCAUCACCACCUCCAUCACCAUCAUCAUCAUCGACACGACCAGGAAAUUUUUCAGUACACCCAACUUUGAAUGCUGGUUGAGGCACAGGGAGAGAGAGGUCAACCAGAAAUUGAAGAUGCUACACCUCGAGGCUCUCUGCUCAUGUAAUUUGGAAGAAUGGCUGAAGGGUAAGAAGGAGGUGCAGAAGGUCGAUCUAAUCAUCAGGAUGAAUGAAAACUUGGUAGUGUGA